AUGUCGCGACGGCAACUUGUGUUUACAUUGUGUGCUUGCAUAAACUUUACCACGUUAAUUUGUGUCUCCGCACAAAUUCCUAGACCGAAUAACAACAGCAAGACCAUUAGCCAUGCGCCGCCCGCUUAUGCUAUUGCUUCGGUAGCUUCGAGUCUUCUCAACUCGACGUUGUGUCAAGAGGAAUUACUCAAUUUCCGAAAUGCUGUCGAUCAACGAGUACUCUGGAGUUUGAAAAUGUUGGAUUCUAGCGGGGAUUUUCAAUCAGGUUUCUUUUAUGGAAAUAAUUAUUGGCUGGGCAGUCGUAGUCAGUGCAUCGAUACGAUGAGUACUGUCCCUCUGCAGAUUUCAAAAUCGCGCCUAUUAAACAACACGCUGUAUCGUGAUCCACAAAAGGAGAUUCCGCCUUUCAAAGUAAAUUACUAUGCUGCCUACUUAAAACACAACAGUACUCUACAGUACCACGUAAAUUUCCCUAACGAAGAUAUAAUUACACUCGGACUUUGUUUACCAGCAUCGUGCUCUGUACAUGACAUAAGUUUCAUUCUGAAAAGAAUAUUCCACGACAGAGUUCUUUUAAUUAAUGGUCUUUACUCCGCGGACUUGGAGCUGAUCCAAGUUAAAACUCUCAAAAACGAUUAUAAAUGGUUCAAUGGUGCUGCACUUGUCAUUUGCGUUAUUUUAGUGCUUUCCGUUUUAAUGGUAAUAAUCGGAACAAUAUACGAUCGAUUUGUCAGUUCAAAUGAGGAGAAUAAAAUUGACACUAAUGGAAACGGUACAGUUGAGGAAAUGGAAAUGGAAGUAGCUUCGUCUUCAGAGGAAAGUAAAAUUGGCAAAGUAUUAAUAUGCUUCUCCGCUUACGCGAAUACAAAAGUCAUAUUUAACACGAAAGUGCACGCCGACACCCUGCCUAUUAUUCACGGCUUAAAAUUUCUAAAUAUGUGUUGGCUAAUCAUGGGUCAUACCAUAUUAUACAUGAUAGACUACAUCGACAACAAAAUAUGGACUCUGAAAUUCACCGCCGGUUUCAUCAAUCAAGUAGUAACCACCACACCCAUAGGAGUUGAUACCUAUUUCUUUUUAAGCGGACUUUUAGUCGCCUAUUUUUAUAUAAAAGAUAAAAUGGACAAAGGUCGAAUACAACCACUCACUUACAAAGCAAAGUUGAAUGAAUUCUUCGUCCUUGUGACAAGAAGAUUUAUCCGGCUGACUCCAGCUUAUAUGAUGGUACUAGCGAUAUCGCAAUUAAGCUCGGCUUGGUUCAACGAAACCUCGCAAUUUUACGUACACGAGAGGCCACACGAGACCUGUCCAAAGUACUGGUGGAGGAAUCUUCUGUACAUAAAUAAUCUGUUCGGUUUAAAAACAAUGUGCAUGAGUUGGAGUUGGUAUUUAUCUGCUGAUAUGCAAUUCUUCAGCAUCGCUGUUGCGCUGUUAAUUUUGUCGACAAUAUACUUUUACAUAGCAGUAGCUAUAUUGGCUGCACUCUUGAUAGGCUCGAUUGUUCUUACCGGUUAUCUUUCGUACAUUUACGAAUACGUCCCGACGCUAGAUGAACAGUACAGGCUUGUAGAUGUUUUAUACCUCCCACCAUGGGUCAGGAUAACUCCAUAUAUUGUCGGAAUGAUUACCGGUUAUAUUUUAACACAACUCAAUGGAAAGUUGCUUUUGAAAAGGAGGACUAUCAUUUUAUGUUGGUGCCUUGGUAGUGCUUGCAACAUUAUCGUGUUAUUUAGCAUGCACCAACGACAAAUACCCAUUCUACCGUCUGCUAUUUAUAUCGCAUUGCACAAAGGCGUUUGGGCUGUAGGUAUAGCAUGGAUCGUAAUAGCGUGCCUUACUCAGCACGGUGGCAUCGUUUGUCAGUUCUUAUCGUUUAAAGGCUGGGCUCCUUUCAGCAGACUGUCCUAUUGCGCUUAUCUUAUAAAUCCUGUUGUUAUACAGUCGUUUCGUCUGCUGAGUGAAACAUCUGUUCAUUUUGAGUUUAUACCCUUGACCAUCUUCUUUGUGGGAUACUGUAUAAUUAUUUAUUUGUGUUCUUACAUAUUGUCCUUGAUAGUAGAAUCACCGUAUAUCUUGCUAGUGCGAAGAACCAUGCAAGCUCGCAGUAGAAGAAAGUAUAAGUGGCGUAACAGUGAGAAAUUGUAAUAUUGCAAAUGUAAUUGUUAAUAAAAUCAAAUAUGACGUCAAGUAAUAUCAAUCUACUUUUUCUUUACGUAAAGCAAGAAACAACAUUUUACACUUGGUUUAAAUUCUCAAUAAUCGUCAAAAAAUCCUGGAGAUAUAACGUACUAGCUACGAUCACGUCAACUUUGAGUUGACAAAAUUUCACUUUUCAUUUCGUUGCUAAGAAAA